AUGUUGAUUGACAACGUUUUUAUGGAGCUACGCUCGCGUUUGCGUAGCUGCAACGUUUACAUAACGACCGGUGUUGAUUUUACUAAAGAAAAUUGCAAUUUGAAAAUUAGCAUACAAUCCGAUUGCAUUGUGUUAAAUUGUUAUAUUGAAGAUUUUGGUAGCAAACGGAGAGAUAGUCUUUCUUCAAUCGAGAGUUUAUCAGAUUCAUAUGAUGAAACAGACGAAGAGCUCGAUGUGUCCACUUAUAUACCGAUAUCAGAAUUUUGUCAUAUAAUUCCCAAUUCAAUGUCAUGUUUGAGAAUAGACAAAAAUACAGUUUCGUUCAGAAUUCUAACCGAACCAAAGAAUGGUGGAAAUUUUUAUACAGAAUUACUUACCACUGGAAAACCUGAAAAUUCUGUGAAGAAACAGAAUCUAAAAAUCAAUAUAAAAAUCAGUGAAGAAUUGAAAAUUGUUUGCUCAAACUGUUCAAAUGUUUUAUCUGAUGGUUGUGUCAAAUUUGACAGGAUUUUAGAAUUGCCUUCAGCUAAUUUGGACAUGACAGAAUGGUUCUGUCAUGGACACGACCAUGGAAAUGUGGCAGAUGUAGUUAUAAAACAAAAUAAAUUAGAUUUCCUAUAUCGAUUAACAUAUUUCGUUAUUGAUCAAUCAAUCUUAUCAGAGAAAUCGAACAAAUUUAAUUCUAAAAGGGAGGUAUACCAUUGCAGCCGCUGUUUGGCUUGGCUCGGUCUCAAAAUCAAAGACACUGUCAGACUUUACAAUUCUGAAGUUAAAGUACACAACAAUGAAAAAGAAGUACAUAUAUUUUCUUACGAAAACCAACCUGAAAACAUACAUGUAAAUGAUUUUAUACAAACAAUAGAAAGUAUAACUGAAGAUUUUAAAAUUGGCUUCCAAUAUGCAGUGAUGUGUAAAAUUGUAUUAGAAUGCACAAUAUCAGCGGCUAAAAAGCAAUAUCUCUUAAUCUGGAUAAUGGAUAAAGAAUUACAAGUAUUGAAGAACAAAGAAAACGUUACUAACAAUAAAAUUGAAUUGAAAUCUAGUUUUGUUACGAAAAUACUUUACAAAAUUGAGUUGGCGUUGAAUGAUGAAGUGGAAAAUUGGUUAACGGACCCAGUUGUGGUUAAUACGGAGAUCUCUAAGAACAUGUUCAGUGAAGGCAUCGAACAUUUGCAAAAAAUGGCAUCGAAAGUUCCAGAAUCGUUCCGUUACUCCAACGGUUUUCAUGUCAGUUACUUAAAAAUUUAAACGGCAUUAAAUUGGGAAUUCCAAA